CACGAGAGCUGCGCAAAGGACAAAAAAUGUUGCGUUUCGCUGCAAGCUCGUUAAUGUCCCGCGUAAGCCAAAUCGCUGCAUCUAAUCCAUUAAAAUUGACAAAUGCGCUCCAAGGAGCCAUCACCGAUACCAUGGGAACCAGCGGCGUGCCAUCAACAUCAACAUCGUGGCUGGGCGCUCUGUGUAGAGGGCUAAAGAAGUCUGCGCAGCAGAUCCGCGCGGGCGAGCUGGUACAGCGCGACGGGCGGCCAUUCCGGGUGGCCAAGUUUCACUGGAUGCACGGCCAGGCACGUGCCGCCGGCUUCGUCUUGUUGGAUCUCGUGGACCUGGCCAACGGGGCGCGGACCAGCGAGAAGUUGCGACUGGAUGACCAGGUGGAGGUUGCGGACGUGGAGGAGAAGGGCAUGCAGGUGCUGUACCAGGACGAGGCGGGCGUGCACGUCAUGGACAGCUCCACUUACGAGCAGUCGGUCCUGAGCCCGGACCUGUUCGGCGAGGGGCGGCGCUGGGUGGCCAGCUCGCCGGAGCUGGAGGUGGAGGUGGCCUACUUCCAGGGGGAGCCGGUGGCAGCGCGCGUGCCCUUUAAGAUCUCCGUCAAGGUACUGGACGCGCCGCCGGCGGUGGUGAAGGCGGACGGCAGCAGCACGCGGCACGUGGUGGUGGCGGGCGGCGUCAGCGUCAUGGCACCCGCGCACAUCAAGACGGGAGACACCAUCGUGGUUCGGACAGAGGACGCAUCCUACAUGGCAAAAGCAUGAGGCAGCAGUGGCGUUUGGCGUUGUGGCAUGACCGCAUGAGACUGCAUGGAAAGCACGUGCGGUGUUGGCGGGCUGGCGGGCUAGGGUAGCUCAGUGCUGCGCUGCGUUUGUAUCCUGGAGGCAGUGCUCGUAUCUUAAGAAGGCAGGUGCGGCGCCAAUGACAGAUUUCCGGAAAAAGGCAUCUUUGAUUUUCAGAAACCCUCCGCCGCCGCAUCUUUGUUCCCCAAAAUUUUUCCGGGGGCUCCGCCCCCGACCUAUGCACGGUUCGUGUCAGGCCAGGGGUGUGGCCAGGGGCACGCCAUGGCUGGUGCUGAGCAUCCGGUGUACUGCCAAACAAGGUUGUCCUGUUGCAGCGUGCCGAAUGCGGCUGCAGUUGCCCCCAGCCCACGUUCCGGCUCAGGUGCAGCAAAAUAUUCCGCCGCACGGCAUGCGCCAUUGUUACAGCGUGCGGGGUGAGGUUGCUGUUGCCCCCAGCCUACGUUUCGGCUCAGGCACAGCAAAAUAUUCCGCCGCACGGCAUGCGCCAUUGUCACAGCGUGCGGGGUGAGGUUGCUGUUGCCCCCAGCCCACGUUCCG